AUGGUGUGUGGGGUGGUGGGUGGGGUGGGUGGUAGUUGGGUUGUGUUUGGAUGUUGUUGUGUUGGUGGUUGGUGUUAUUGUGUGGUAUUAAGGUGUUGGGGGUGGUUGUUGUUGGUUGGUUGUGGGGGGUUGUUUUGUGUUGUGGGUUUGGUGGGUGUGGGGUGGGGGGGUUGGGGUGGGGGGGUUUUGGUUAUUUGGGUGGGGGGGGGUAUGGGAGGGGUGAUAGGGUUUUUGGGGUGUGUGGGUUGGUGGGUUGGGUGUGGUGGGUGUGGGGGUUUUGGUGUGUGUUUGUUUUGUUUUGGUUGUUGUGGUGGUUGUGAUUGGGUUGUUGUUUGUGGGGUGGGGGUGGGUGGGUGGGUGUGUUGGGUGUGGUGGGGUGGGGGGGGGGGUGGGGUGGGGGGGGGUGGGGGUGGGGGGGGUGGGGGUUUUGGUGGUGGGGGGUGGUUGUUUGGGUGUUUUGGGGGGUGGGGUGGGUUUGUGGGUGGGGGUGUUGGUGGGGUUGGGGGGGUGGGGGGUGUGUUUGGGGGUGGGGGGGUUUGUGGGGUGGUGUGGGGGUGGUUGGUGGGUUUGUUUGGGGGGGGGGGGGGGGGGUUUUUGUGGUUGGGUUUUGGGGGUGUGGUGGUUGGGGUUUUUUUUGUGGGGGGAGUGGGGUGGUGUUUGGUUUUGUUGAGUGGGGGUGGGGGGGUGGUGUGGGGUUUUUUUUUGUUGGGUUGUGUGUUUUGGGUUGGGGUUGGUUGGUGGGGGGGGUGGUAUGGGGGGUUGGUUGUGGUUGGAUGUUUGGGUUGUGGAUUAUUUGUUGUUGUUGUUGGUUUUAAUUUGUUGGUGAUUUUGUGGUGUGUGUGUGGGGUGGGUGAUUGUGGGUUGGGGGGGGUUGUUGUGAUUGGGGUGGUUGGGGUUUUAUUUGUGAGGUUUUUUGUUGGGUUUUGGGGGGGGGGGGUGGGGGGAGGGGUGUUGGGUGUAGGGGGUUGUUUGGUGGGUGGUUGGGGUUGGUGGUGUGGGUUUUUGGGUUGUUUGGGUGGUGGUUAUGGUGUUAGGGGGUUUGGGGGGUUUGGGGUUUUGUUGGUUUUGUUGUGUUAUUUGGGGGUGGGGGGUUGGGGGGUUUUUUUGUUUGGGUGGUUGGGGUUUGUGGGUGUAGGGGUUUGGGGUGGGGUGGGGGAUGUUGUUUGGGGUGGUUGGGUUGUGUGGGUUGUUUUUGGGGGUUGGGGGGUUGUGGGUUUUGGGGGGUUGUGUGGUUUGUGGGUGGGGUUGUGGUAUGGUGUGUGUGGUGGUUUUUGGUUUGGUUGGUUGUGUUGUGGUGGUUUUGGGUUGGUGAGUGUGGUGGGAUUUUGGUUGGUGGGGGUUUUUUUUGUGUGUUGUUGUUGGGUGGUGUGUGUGGUUGGGUGGGGGGUGGGGGGGGUUUGUGGUGGUGUGGUGUGGUGUUGGGGUGGUGGGGGUGUGGUGGGGGGUGUGUGGUAUGGGUGGGGGGGGGUGUGUGGUUGGUGUUUUGUGUGGGGUUUGUGGUGGUUUGGUGGUGGUUUGUUGGUGGGUUUGUGGUGGGGUUGUUGGUGGGUUUGGUGUGGGGGUUUUGGUGGUGUGUUUGUGUGGGUUGGGUGGUGGUUGGUGGUGGGUUUGGUGGUGGGUUUUGUGGUGGGUUUGGUUGGUUGUGGUGGGUUGGUGGUGGGGUUUUGUGGGUGGGGUUGGUGUGGUUUGUGGUGGUUUGGUGGUGGUUUGGUGGUGGGUUGGGGGGGUGUGUUGUUGGGUGGUUUGUGGUGGGGGGGGUGGGGGGGGUGGGGGGGGGUGGUGGGGGGUGGUGGGGUGGGGGUGGGGGGUGGGUGUUUGGGGUGUUGGGGUGGGGGGUGGGGGGGGGUUGGUGGGGGGGUGUGGGGUUGGGUGGGUUGUGGGGGGGGUGGGGUGGUGGUGUGGGGGGUGUGUGGGGGGUGGGGUUGUUGGGGGGUUGUUUUGGUGUUGGGUUGUUUUUUGGGUUUGGGGUGGGGGUUGUGGGUGGGGGGGGGGGGUGGGGGUGGUUUGUGGUUGGGGGGGGGGUGGGUUUUGGGUGUUGUUGUGGGUUGUGGGGUGUUGGUUGGGGGUUGGGUGGGGUUGUGGGGGGGGUGUUGGUGGGAGUGGUGGGGGUGUGGGGGGUGGGGGUUGGUUUUGGGGGGGGGUUUGUGGGGGGGGUUUGGGGGGGGGUUGGGGUGGUUUGGUUGGGGUUUUUGGGGGGAGGGGGGGGGGGGGGGGGUGUUUGGGGGUGGGUGUGUGGGGGGGUUUGGGUUGGGGUGGUUGGGUGGGGGGGUGGGGGGUGGGGUGUGGGGUGGGUGUGGUGGUUGGGGUUGGUGGGUUGUGGGUGGGGGUGGGUUGUGUGGGGUGUGUGUGGGUGUGGGGUUUGGUGGGUGGUUGGGGUGUGUUAGGGUUGGUUAUAAGGGAUGGUGGGGGGGGGGAGAAUUUGGGUUGGUUGGUAUUGAGAGUUUGGUGGUUGUUGUGGGGGGGGGUGUGGUUUUGGGGGGGGGUUGUGGGGAGUGGGUGGGGGGGUUUAGGGGGGUUUGUGUUGUUUGUGUUGUGUGGGUGGAUGUGGUGGGGGUGUUUUUGGUUUGGGUUUUGGGUUUGAAUGGGUUGUUUUGGUGGGAGGGGGGUGGGUUUGGGGGAUGGUUUGUGGUUGUUGGUUGGGUUUGGGGGGGGGAGGGUGGUAGGGGGGGGGUAGGGGUUGAUGUUUGGUGGUAUUUGGGGGGGUGGUGUGUGGUGAGGGUGGUGGUUUUGUGGUUGGGGUUGGGGUGGUUUGUGGGGGUUGGUUGGUUGGUUGUGUUUGUGUGGGGUUUGGGUGUUUGGGGUGUGUUUGUGGUUGGUGUGUGGUGUGUUGGGGGGGGGUGGGGGGGGUUUUGUGGGGGGGGUUGGGUGGUUGUUGGUUGGGUGGGGGUGGUGGGUUUGGUGUUGGGGGGGGAUGUUGGGGUUGUGGGGUUGUUGGGUGGGGGGGUGUGUUGUGGUGUGAUGUAA